AUGCCGAGAUCCCUAGACGAAUUCGGACUUGUUGCGACUGACACUGAUGUAAACCUUUGUUUAUCCUGCGUGCACCGUACCCUCGGCCGUAUCCCUUCCGAGCGUGGCUGGCUACGCGCUCCGCGUUGGCUCGCCUCGCCUCCAACCCCCGAUGCCAGCCGAACUUCGUUACAGACGAUGUGUCAUGCCUUUGAAAUGUUAAACCUUGGAGAGGCUGAAAAUGGAACCAAAUGGAAUCGCGGAAACAGGAGAAACGACGGGUUCAUCCAUUCCACCGCGAACUCUGCCCGUAAACUAAGUAAUAUUAAUGGUCUGGACGAUGGCAGAAGGCGCGGUAUCAAUGCGCUAAUGUCGGCUUCCUGCCUUUAA